UUAUUACUUUUGUUUUGUGCCAUUAAUUCCGUUUUUCUUUCACAGCUCGAUGGAGGGAUAAUUUAUAUACCAUAAAACCCACCCAUCGUGAAUGUCAAACUCAGUCAUUUCGAGUAGCUUUAUGGAGUUGUGCAGCCAUCACCACGAUCCAGUUCUGGGACAUUUCCAUCACCCCAGAUAUCCCUGAGCUUAUGGUCCACACCUGUGCCCACUCGGGAACUUCCAUCCGACCGUCUGGCCGGCAGCUGCAGCCCGAGGAGCUGGAUGCAGAAACGGAAGAGGACCACUCUGUGACCGAAGGGCCCGUGGACGAGAUCAUUCGGCCGCGGCCACAGGGGUCCUCGCCCGUGUAUGAAUACGCCGCCGAGGGUGCCGGCUUUGGAGUCCCGGAGGACACACCGAGGCGGCGGGCUUCCUCAGGCUCUGGGGGACGGAGGUCCUGGUGGAAGCGAGAUUCGGGGGACUCACAGACAUUCUCCAGGAUGAGUGGUCCUCAGGAGGCCACAGAGGUGACGCUGACGACCGAGGUGGAAACUGGAGCCAGCGGCUACAGCGUCACGGGUGGCGGGGACCAGGGCAUCUUUGUGAAGCAAGUGCUGAAGAACUCCACAGCUGCCAAACUCUUCAGCCUGAGAGAAGGGGAUCAGCUGCUCAGUGCAACCAUCUUCUUUGACAACAUUAAAUAUGAAGACGUUCUCAAGAUUCUUCAGUACUCAGAGCCUUACAAGGUUCAGUUUCAAGUCAAGCGGAAACGUCCUGCCCCAGAGGAUGAGGAAGGGACCUCCAGCGGGGCUCGGCGUGGCCCGAAGGGCAGUGAGAAGCAGGACGAAGAUGGGGCUGAUGGCUCCACGGAGAUCCCCACACAGACCCGGGAAGGGAGCAGAGACCAGGAGAAACUGCUCGCCAAACCCAGGGAGGGCAGAGGCAGGCGGCCCCAGAAGGAGAGGCUGUCCUGGCCCAAAUUCCAAUCAAUAACGAGCAAGCACAGGCCGGGACCGCGGCGGUCACACAGUUCCUCAGAGGCCUAUGGGCGGGGAGAUGGGCCCGACGUGUCCCCUGCAAGCACAGACACGGAGGCCCCACUCCCCGCACAGGAGCAGGACCAGAAGGCAGCGCUGGACAGCCGGCGAAGGACGAGGUACCUGAGCCUGGGAUUCAGGGUGGGCUCAGGGAAGGGUCCGAUGCAGGAGGGGCAACCAAGCAGAGGGGUCCAAGGUGGAGCACUCCAGGCCGGGGUCGUAGAGGAGGCCAGACCCUGGGAGGACACGCGAGAGGCCACCGAAGCCACCGUGCACAGCGGGACAGAAGACAGGAUGGCAGCGGUGCAGGAGGGGACACCGGCUCUGAGGGCAGAGCAGCUCUUAGAGCCUGGUACCCCCAGCCUGGGAGCCCUGGGGGAAGGAGCCAGCAUGGCGUCCGGAUGCCAACAAAAAGCAAAGGAGGCUAAGGACCAGGAGGACACCAGGUCAAAAUGGAAGCUCGGCAUGGGCUCAGUCCCACAAGGUGUGGAGGGCCACAGACAGGUGGCCCAGGACGUAAAAAUGGGGAUUGCCAGAUCGGCUCUGCAAGGCAAAGGAGAUGCACAGGGCCACCAACCAGAAUUCCAAAUCCAAAUCCCCAAUUUAAAAACAACCAAGUUUAAAAUUUCCAAAGAAACAAAGCAAGACACAGAAGGAGGCAUAGCAGCGCUGGCACAGGGGGACAGGCAUGGAGAGGCCACAGCCGAGGAGACCCACACUGCGGAGGAGGGGGAACAAGGGCCAGCAGGACCCAGGGGGCCCUCAGUACACCUCCCAGCAUGGGAAGACGGGGGAGCAGAAGGAGCAGACACAGGUCACGGGGAAGGAGACAGGAAGGAUGGGGACAAAGACAAAGGAGGGAGGGACGACAGGAGGACAAUGCUUAAGUUCAACAUUCCCUCAUUCGGGUGGUCUCCCAAAAAGGACAUAAAGGCACCUGGGGGAAAACACACCCAAGACCUGAAACAAAAAAAAGGAAGUGCAAUAACAGUGUUAGACCAAAAAGAAAAAUUAGACACAACAGGGGGACAUCCGCCUGAAACAGAGAAACAAACGCGGGAGACUCAGAGAAAGCAAGGAGACCUGCCCCUGGAAGACAAGGAGGUGGCCGCCAGAGAGAGCAAGUUCAAGAUGCCCAAGUUCAAGAUGCCAUCCUUCGGCACGUCGAUGCCGAGCAAGUCCUUGGAGGCCUCGGUGGACGCGUCCCUGCCCAAGGUACAGGCUGAGGUGUCCGUGCCCUCCAUACCGGCCGAGGCCAAGACCAGUGACGUGACCAUUGAGCUGCCACCUGCCGACCUAGAGGUCAAGACGGCCGCAGUGGGUCUGAAGCUCCCUGAAGGCCAAGUGCCCGAGGCGGAGCUCCAGGAGCCCUCAGCCAGUGCCGGACUCAAAGGGCACCUGCCCAAGGUGCAGAUGCCCAGCAUCAAGAUGCCCAAGGUGGACAUCAAGGCCCCCCAGGUGGACAUCAAGGGGCCCGAACUGGACCUGAAGGGCGCCAAAGGGGAGGUGAGCGCCCCAGAUGUGAAGGUGUCCCUGCCCAGUGUGGAGGUGGACGCCCAGGUACCCGAUGCCAAACUGGAGGCUGACAUGUCCCUGGAAGACAAGGAGGUGGCGGCCAGAGAGAGCAAGUUCAAGAUGCCCAAGUUCAAGAUGCCGUCCUUCGGCACGUCGGCGCCGAGCAAGGAUGUGGGAGCAUCCGUGGACGUGUCCCUGCCCAAGGUUCAGGCUGAGGUGUCCGUGCCCUCCAUACCGGCCGAGGCCAAGACCAGUGACGUGACCAUUGAGCUGCCACCUGCCGACCUAGAGGUCAAGACGGCCGCGGUGGGCCUGAAGCUCCCUGAAGGCCAAGUGCCCGAGGCGGAGCUCCAGGAGCCCUCAGCCAGUGCCGGACUCAAAGGGCACCUGCCCAAGGUGCAGAUGCCCAGCAUCAAAAUGCCCAAGGUGGACUUCAAGGCUCCCCAGGUGGACAUCAAGGGACCCAAACUGGACCUGAAGGGCGCCAAAGGGGAGGUGAGCGCCCCCGACCUGAAGGUGUCCCUGCCCAGAGUGGAGUUGGACGCCCAGGUGCCCGGUGCCAAACUGGAGGCUGACCUGUCCCUGGAAGACAAGGAGGUGGCCGCCAGAGAGAGCAAGUUCAAGAUGCCCAAGUUCAAGAUGCCAUCCUUCGGCACGUCGGCGCCGAGCAAGUCCUUGGAGGCCUCGGUGGACGCGUCCCUGCCCAAGGUACAGGCUGAGGUGUCCGUGCCCUCCAUACCGGCCGAGGCCAAGACCAGUGACGUGACCAUUGAGCUGCCACCUGCCGACCUAGAGGUCAAGACGGCCGCGGUGGGCCUGAAGCUCCCUGAAGGCCAAGUGCCCGAGGCGGAGCUCCAGGAGCCCUCAGCCAGUGCCGGACUCAAAGGGCACCUGCCCAAGGUGCAGAUGCCCAGCAUCAAAAUGCCCAAGGUGGACUUCAAGGCUCCCCAGGUGGACAUCAAGGGACCCAAACUGGACCUGAAGGGCGCCAAAGGGGAGGUGAGCGCCCCCGACCUGAAGGUGUCCCUGCCCAGAGUGGAGUUGGACGCCCAGGUGCCCGGUGCCAAACUGGAGGCUGACCUGUCCCUGGAAGACAAGGAGGUGGCCGCCAGAGAGAGCAAGUUCAAGAUGCCCAAGUUCAAGAUGCCAUCCUUCGGCACGUCGGCGCCGAGCAAGUCCUUGGAGGCCUCGGUGGACGCGUCCCUGCCCAAGGUACAGGCUGAGGUGUCCGUGCCCUCCAUACCGGCCGAGGCCAAGACCAGUGACGUGACCAUUGAGCUGCCACCUGCCGACCUAGAGGUCAAGACGGCCGCGGUGGGCCUGAAGCUCCCUGAAGGCCAAGUGCCCGAGGCGGAGCUCCAGGAGCCCUCAGCCAGUGCCGGACUCAAAGGGCACCUGCCCAAGGUGCAGAUGCCCAGCAUCAAAAUGCCCAAGGUGGACUUCAAGGCUCCCCAGGUGGACAUCAAGGGACCCAAACUGGACCUGAAGGGCGCCAAAGGGGAGGUGAGCGCCCCCGACCUGAAGGUGUCCCUGCCCAGAGUGGAGUUGGACGCCCAGGUGCCCGGUGCCAAACUGGAGGCUGACCUGUCCCUGGAAGACAAGGAGGUGGCCGCCAGAGAGAGCAAGUUCAAGAUGCCCAAGUUCAAGAUGCCAUCCUUCGGCACGUCGGCGCCGAGCAAGUCCUUGGAGGCCUCGGUGGACGCGUCCCUGCCCAAGGUACAGGCUGAGGUGUCCGUGCCCUCCAUACCGGCCGAGGCCAAGACCAGUGACGUGACCAUUGAGCUGCCACCUGCCGACCUAGAGGUCAAGACGGCCGCAGUGGGUCUGAAGCUCCCUGAAGGCCAAGUGCCCGAGGCGGAGCUCCAGGAGCCCUCAGCCAGUGCCGGACUCAAAGGGCACCUGCCCAAGGUGCAGAUGCCCAGCAUCAAGAUGCCCAAGGUGGACAUCAAGGCCCCCCAGGUGGACAUCAAGGGGCCCGAACUGGACCUGAAGGGCGCCAAAGGGGAGGUGAGCGCCCCCGACCUGAAGGUGUCCCUGCCCAGAGUGGAGUUGGACGCCCAGGUGCCCGGUGCCAAACUGGAGGCUGACCUGUCCCUGGAAGACAAGGAGGUGGCCGCCAGAGAGAGCAAGUUCAAGAUGCCCAAGUUCAAGAUGCCAUCCUUCGGCACGUCGGCGCCGAGCAAGUCCUUGGAGGCCUCGGUGGACGCGUCCCUGCCCAAGGUACAGGCUGAGGUGUCCGUGCCCUCCAUACCGGCCGAGGCCAAGACCAGUGACGUGACCAUUGAGCUGCCACCUGCCGACCUAGAGGUCAAGACGGCCGCGGUGGGCCUGAAGCUCCCUGAAGGCCAAGUGCCCGAGGCGGAGCUCCAGGAGCCCUCAGCCAGUGCCGGACUCAAAGGGCACCUGCCCAAGGUGCAGAUGCCCAGCAUCAAAAUGCCCAAGGUGGACUUCAAGGCUCCCCAGGUGGACAUCAAGGGACCCAAACUGGACCUGAAGGGCGCCAAAGGGGAGGUGAGCGCCCCCGACCUGAAGGUGUCCCUGCCCAGAGUGGAGUUGGACGCCCAGGUGCCCGGUGCCAAACUGGAGGCUGACCUGUCCCUGGAAGACAAGGAGGUGGCCGCCAGAGAGAGCAAGUUCAAGAUGCCCAAGUUCAAGAUGCCAUCCUUCGGCACGUCGGCGCCGAGCAAGUCCUUGGAGGCCUCGGUGGACGCGUCCCUGCCCAAGGUACAGGCUGAGGUGUCCGUGCCCUCCAUACCGGCCGAGGCCAAGACCAGUGACGUGACCAUUGAGCUGCCACCUGCCGACCUAGAGGUCAAGACGGCCGCGGUGGGCCUGAAGCUCCCUGAAGGCCAAGUGCCCGAGGCGGAGCUCCAGGAGCCCUCAGCCAGCGCCGGACUCAAAGGGCACCUGCCCAAGGUGCAGAUGCCCAGCAUCAAGAUGCCCAAGGUGGACUUCAAGGCUCCCCAGGUGGACAUCAAGGGACCCAAACUGGACCUGAAGGGCGCCAAAGGGGAGGUGAGCGCCCCCGACCUGAAGGUGUCCCUGCCCAGAGUGGAGUUGGACGCCCAGGUGCCCGGUGCCAAACUGGAGGCUGACCUGUCCCUGGAAGACAAGGAGGUGGCCGCCAGAGAGAGCAAGUUCAAGAUGCCCAAGUUCAAGAUGCCAUCCUUCGGCACGUCGGCGCCGAGCAAGUCCUUGGAGGCCUCGGUGGACGCGUCCCUGCCCAAGGUACAGGCUGAGGUGUCCGUGCCCUCCAUACCGGCCGAGGCCAAGACCAGUGACGUGACCAUUGAGCUGCCAACUGCCGACCUAGAGGUCAAGACGGCCGCGGUGGGCCUGAAGCUCCCUGAAGGCCAAGUGCCCGAGGCGGAGCUCCAGGAGCCUUCAGCCAGCAUCGGACUCAAAGGGCACAUGUCCAAGGUGCAGAUGCCCAGCAUCAAAAUGCCAAAGGUGGACUUCAAGGGGCCCCAGAUGGACAUCAAGGGACCCAAACUGGACCUGAAGGGCGCCAAAGGGGAGGUUAGCACCCCCGAUGUGGAGGUGUCCCUCCCCGAGGGAGAGGUGGCUGUGCCCCGGCUGAAGGGCAAAGUGCCCGGUGCCAAACUGGAGGCUGACCUGUCCCUGGAAGACAAAGAGGUGGCCGCCAGAGAGAGCAAGUUCAAGAUGCCCAAGUUCAAGAUACCAUCCUUCGGCACGUCGAUGCCGAGCAAGUCCUUGGAGGCCUCGGUGGACGCGUCCCUGCCGAAGAUACAGGCUGAGGUAUCCGUGCCCUCCAUACCGGCCGAGGCCAAGACCAGUGGCAUGACCAUUGAGCUGCCAACUGCCGACCUAGAGGUCAAGAUGGCCGCGGUGGACCUGAAGCUCCCUGAAGGCCAAGUGCCCGAGGCAGAGCUCCAGGAGCCCUCAGCCAGCGCCGGACUCAAAGGGCACCUGCCCAAGGUGCAGAUGCCCAGCCUCAAGAUGCCCAAGGUGGACAUCAAGGCCCCCCAGGUGGACAUCAAGGGGCCCGAACUGGACCUGAAGGGCGCCAAAGGGGAGGUGAGCGCCCCCGACCUGAAGGUGUCCCUGCCCAGCGUGGAGUUGGACGCCCAGGUGCCCGGUGCCAAACUGGAGGCUGACCUGUCCCUGGAAGACAAGGAGGUGGCCGCCAGAGAGAGCAAGUUCAAGAUGCCCAAGUUCAAGAUGCCAUCCUUCGGCACGUCGGCGCCGAGCAAGUCCUUGGAGGCCUCGGUGGACGCGUCCCUGCCCAAGGUACAGGCUGAGGUGUCCGUGCCCUCCAUACCGGCCGAGGCCAAGACCAGUGACGUGACCAUUGAGCUGCCACCUGCCGACCUAGAGGUCAAGACGGCCGCGGUGGGCCUGAAGCUCCCUGAAGGCCAAGUGCCCGAGGCGGAGCUCCAGGAGCCCUCAGCCAGUGCCGGACUCAAAGGGCACCUGCCCAAGGUGCAGAUGCCCAGCAUCAAAAUGCCCAAGGUGGACUUCAAGGCUCCCCAGGUGGACAUCAAGGGACCCAAACUGGACCUGAAGGGCGCCAAAGGGGAGGUGAGCGCCCCCGACCUGAAGGUGUCCCUGCCCAGAGUGGAGUUGGACGCCCAGGUGCCCGGUGCCAAACUGGAGGCUGACCUGUCCCUGGAAGACAAGGAGGUGGCCGCCAGAGAGAGCAAGUUCAAGAUGCCCAAGUUCAAGAUGCCAUCCUUCGGCACGUCGGCGCCGAGCAAGGAUGUGGGAGCAUCCGUGGACGUGUCCCUGCCCAAGGUGGCAGCCGAGGCCACGCUUCCCUCCCUGGGAGGAGAGGUGCCAGCCCCAGAGGGCGCUGUCCAACUGCCCACUGCUGACGUUGACCUCCCCGGGGGAGAGCUGGAGGUGUCCCUCCCCGAGGGAGAGGUGGCUGUGCCCGGGCUGAAGGGCAAAGCAGAAGGGGUCAAGAUCAAGGGCCAGCUGCCCAAAGUGCAGAUGCCCAGCCUCAAGAUGCCCAAGGUGGACAUCAAGGCCCCCCACGUGGACAUCAAGGGGCCCGAACUGGACCUGAAGGGCGCCAAAGGGGAGGUGAGCGCCCCCGACCUGAAGGUGUCCCUGCCCAGCGUGGAGGUGGACGCCCAGGUGCCCGGUGCCAAACUGGAGGCUGACCUGUCCCUGGAAGACAAGGAGGUGGCCGCCAGAGAGAGCAAGUUCAAGAUGCCCAAGUUCAAGAUGCCAUCCUUCGGCACGUCGGCGCCGAGCAAGUCCUUGGAGGCCUCGGUGGACGCGUCCCUGCCCAAGGUACAGGCUGAGGUGUCCGUGCCCUCCAUACCGGCCGAGGCCAAGACCAGUGACGUGACCAUUGAGCUGCCACCUGCCGACCUAGAGGUCAAGACGGCCGCGGUGGGCCUGAAGCUCCCUGAAGGCCAAGUGCCCGAGGCGGAGCUCCAGGAGCCCUCAGCCAGUGCCGGACUCAAAGGGCACCUGCCCAAGGUGCAGAUGCCCAGCAUCAAAAUGCCCAAGGUGGACUUCAAGGCUCCCCAGGUGGACAUCAAGGGACCCAAACUGGACCUGAAGGGCGCCAAAGGGGAGGUGAGCGCCCCCGACCUGAAGGUGUCCCUGCCCAGAGUGGAGUUGGACGCCCAGGUGCCCGGUGCCAAACUGGAGGCUGACCUGUCCCUGGAAGACAAGGAGGUGGCCGCCAGAGAGAGCAAGUUCAAGAUGCCCAAGUUCAAGAUGCCAUCCUUCGGCACGUCGGCGCCGAGCAAGUCCUUGGAGGCCUCGGUGGACGCGUCCCUGCCCAAGGUACAGGCUGAGGUGUCCGUGCCCUCCAUACCGGCCGAGGCCAAGACCAGUGACGUGACCAUUGAGCUGCCACCUGCCGACCUAGAGGUCAAGACGGCCGCGGUGGGCCUGAAGCUCCCUGAAGGCCAAGUGCCCGAGGCGGAGCUCCAGGAGCCCUCAGCCAGUGCCGGACUCAAAGGGCACCUGCCCAAGGUGCAGAUGCCCAGCAUCAAAAUGCCCAAGGUGGACUUCAAGGCUCCCCAGGUGGACAUCAAGGGACCCAAACUGGACCUGAAGGGCGCCAAAGGGGAGGUGAGCGCCCCCGACCUGAAGGUGUCCCUGCCCAGAGUGGAGUUGGACGCCCAGGUGCCCGGUGCCAAACUGGAGGCUGACCUGUCCCUGGAAGACAAGGAGGUGGCCGCCAGAGAGAGCAAGUUCAAGAUGCCCAAGUUCAAGAUGCCAUCAUUUGGCACGUCGGCGCCGAGCAACUCCUUGGAGGCCUCGGUGGACGCAUCCCUGCCCAAGGUACAGGCUGAGGUGUCCGUGCCCUCCAUACCGGCCGAGGCCAAGACCAGUGACGUGACCAUUGAGCUGCCACCUGCCGACCUAGAGGUCAAGACGGCCGCGGUGGGCCUGAAGCUCCCUGAAGGCCAAGUGCCCGAGGCGGAGCUCCAGGAGCCCUCAGCCAGUGCCGGACUCAAAGGGCACCUGCCCAAGGUGCAGAUGCCCAGCAUCAAAAUGCCCAAGGUGGACUUCAAGGCUCCCCAGGUGGACAUCAAGGGACCCAAACUGGACCUGAAGGGCGCCAAAGGGGAGGUGAGCGCCCCCGACCUGAAGGUGUCCCUGCCCAGAGUGGAGUUGGACGCCCAGGUGCCCGGUGCCAAACUGGAGGCUGACCUGUCCCUGGAAGACAAGGAGGUGGCCGCCAGAGAGAGCAAGUUCAAGAUGCCCAAGUUCAAGAUGCCAUCCUUCGGCACGUCGGCGCCGAGCAAGUCCUUGGAGGCCUCGGUGGACGCAUCCCUGCCCAAGGUACAGGCUGAGGUGUCCGUGCCCUCCAUACCGGCCGAGGCCAAGACCAGUGACGUGACCAUUGAGCUGCCAACUGCCGACCUAGAGGUCAAGACGGCCACGGUGGGCCUGAAGCUCCCUGAAGGCCAAGUGCCCGAGGCGGAGCUCCAGGAGCCCUCAGCCAGUGCCGGACUCAAAGGGCACCUGCCCAAGGUGCAGAUGCCCAGCAUCAAAAUGCCCAAGGUGGACUUCAAGGCUCCCCAGGUGGACAUCAAGGGACCCAAACUGGACCUGAAGGGCGCCAAAGGGGAGGUGAGCGCCCCCGACCUGAAGGUGUCCCUGCCCAGAGUGGAGUUGGACGCCCAGGUGCCCGGUGCCAAACUGGAGGCUGACCUGUCCCUGGAAGACAAGGAGGUGGCGGCCAGAGAGAGCAAGUUCAAGAUGCCCAAGUUCAAGAUGCCGUCCUUCGGCACGUCGGCGCCGAGCAAGGAUGUGGGAGCAUCCGUGGACGUGUCCCUGCCCAAGGUGGCAGCCGAGGCCACGCUGCCCUCCCUGGGAGGAGAGGUGCCAGCCCCAGAGGGCGCCGUCCAACUGCCCACUGCUGACAUUGACCUCCCCGGGAGAGAGCUGGAGGUGUCCCUCCCCGAGGGAGAGGUGGCUGUGCCCGGGCUGAAGGGCAAAGCGGAAGGGGUCAAGAUCAAGGGCCAGCUGCCCAAAGUGCAGAUGCCCAGCCUCAAGAUGCCCAAGGUGGACAUUAAGGCCCCCCAGGAGGACAUCAAGGCCCCCCAGGUGGACAUCAAGGCCCCCCACGUGGACAUCAAGGGGCCCGAACUGGACCUGAAGGGCGCCAAAGGGGAGGUGAGCGCCCCCGACCUGAAGGUGUCCCUGCCCAGCGUGGAGUUGGACGCCCAGGUGCCCGGUGCCAAACUGGAGGCUGACCUGUCCCUGGAAGACAAGGAGGUGGCCGCCAGAGAGAGCAAGUUCAAGAUGCCCAAGUUCAAGAUGCCGUCCUUCGGCACGUCGGCGCCGAGCAAGGAUGUGGGAGCAUCCGUGGACGUGUCCCUGCCGAAGGUGGCAGCCGAGGUCACGCUGCCCUCCCUUGGAGGAGAGGUGCCAGCCCCAGAGGGUGCCGUCCAACUGCCCACUGCUGACGUUGACCUCCCCGGGGGAGAGCUGGAGGUGUCCCUCCCCGAAGGACAGGUGGCUGUGCCCGGGCUGAAGGGCAAAGCAGAAGGGGUCAAGAUCAAGGGCCAGCUGCCCAAAGUGCAGAUGCCCAGCCUCAAGAUGCCCAAGGUGGACAUUAAGGCCCCCCAGGAGGACAUCAAGGCCCCCCAGGUGGACAUCAAGGCCCCCCACGUGGACAUCAAGGGGCCCGAACUGGACCUGAAGGGCGCCAAAGGGGAGGUGAGCGCCCCCGACCUGAAGGUGUCCCUGCCCAGCGGGGAGUUGGACGCCCAGGUACCCGGUGCCAAACUGGAGGCUGACCUGUCCCUGGAAGUCAAGGAGGUGGCCGCCAGAGAGAGCAAGUUCAAGAUGCCCAAGUUCAAGAUGCCAUCCUUCGGCACGUCGGCGCCGAGCAAGUCCUUGGAGGCCUCGGUGGAGGCGUUCCUGCCCAAGGUACAGGCUGAGGUGUCCGUGCCCUCCAUACUGGCCGAGGCCAAGACCAGUGACGUGACCAUUGAGCUGCCAACUGCCGACCUAGAGGUCAAGACGGCCACGGUGGGCCUGAAGCUCCCUGAAGGCCAAGUGCCCGAGGCGGAGCUCCAGGAGCCCUCAGCCAGUGCCGGACUCAAAGGGCACCUGCCCAAGGUGCAGAUGCCCAGCAUCAAAAUGCCCAAGGUGGACUUCAAGGCUCCCCAGGUGGACAUCAAGGGACCCAAACUGGACCUGAAGGGCGCCAAAGGGGAGGUGAGCGCCCCCGACCUGAAGGUGUCCCUGCCCAGAGUGGAGUUGGACGCCCAGGUGCCCGGUGCCAAACUGGAGGCUGACCUGUCCCUGGAAGACAAGGAGGUGGCCGCCAGAGAGAGCAAGUUCAAGAUGCCCAAGUUCAAGAUGCCAUCCUUCGGCACGUCGGCGCCGAGCAAGUCCUUGGAGGCCUCGGUGGACGCGUCCCUGCCCAAGGUACAGGCUGAGGUGUCCGUGCCCUCCAUACCGGCCGAGGCCAAGACCAGUGACGUGACCAUUGAGCUGCCAACUGCCGACCUAGAGGUCAAGACGGCCACGGUGGGCCUGAAGCUCCCUGAAGGCCAAGUGCCCGAGGUGGAGCUCCAGGAGCCCUCAGCCAGCGCCGGACUCAAAGGGCACCUGCCUAAGGUGCAGAUGCCCAGCCUCAAGAUGCCCAAGGUGGACUUCAAGGCCCCCCAGGUGGACAUCAAGGCCCCCCACGUGGACAUCAAGGGGCCCAAACUGGACCUGAAGGGCGCCAAAGGGGAGGUGAGCACCCCCGAUGUGGAGGUGUCCCUGACCAGCGUGGAGUUGGACGCCCAGGUGCCCGGUGCCAAACUGGACGGUGCCAAACUGGAGGCUGACCUUUCCCUGGGAGAAAAGGAGGUGGCCGCCAGAGAGAGCAAGUUCAAGAUGCCCAAGUUCAAGAUGCCGUCCUUCGGCACGUCAGUGCCGAGAAAGUCCUUGGAGGCCUCGGUGGACGCGUCCUUGCCGAAGAUACAGGCUGAGGUGUCCGUGCCCUCCAUACCGGCCGAGGCCAAGACCAGUGACGUGACCAUUGAGCUGCCACCUGCCGACCUAGAGGUCAAGACGGCCGCGGUGGGCCUGAAGCUCCCUGAAGGCCAAGUGCCCGAGGCGGAGCUCCAGGAGCCCUCAGCCAGUGCCGGACUCAAAGGGCACCUGCCCAAGGUGCAGAUGCCCAGCAUCAAAAUGCCCAAGGUGGACUUCAAGGCUCCCCAGGUGGACAUCAAGGGACCCAAACUGGACCUGAAGGGCGCCAAAGGGGAGGUGAGCGCCCCCGACCUGAAGGUGUCCCUGCCCAGAGUGGAGUUGGACGCCCAGGUGCCCGGUGCCAAACUGGAGGCUGACCUGUCCCUGGAAGACAAGGAGGUGGCCGCCAGAGAGAGCAAGUUCAAGAUGCCCAAGUUCAAGAUGCCAUCCUUCGGCACGUCGGCGCCGAGCAAGUCCUUGGAGGCCUCGGUGGACGCGUCCCUGCCCAAGGUACAGGCUGAGGUGUCCGUGCCCUCCAUACCGGCCGAGGCCAAGACCAGUGACGUGACCAUUGAGCUGCCAACUGCCGACCUAGAGGUCAAGACGGCCGUGGUGAGCCUGAAGCUCCCUGAAGGCCAAGUGCCCGAGGCAGAGCUCCAGGAGCCCUCAGCCAGCGCUGAACUCAAAGGCCACCUGCCCAAGGUGCAGAUGCCCAGCAUCAAGAUGCCCAAGGUGGACUUCAAGGGGCCCCAGGUGGACAUCAAGGCCCCCCACGUGGACAUCAAGGGGCCCGAACUGGACCUGAAGGGCGCCAAAGGGGAGGUGAGCGCCCCCGACCUGAAGGUGUCCCUGCCCAGCGUGGAGGUGGACGCCCAGGUGCCCGGUGCCAAACUGGAGGCUGACCUGUCCCUGGAAGACAAGGAGGUGGCCGCCAGAGAGAGCAAGUUCAAGAUGCCCAAGUUCAAGAUGCCAUCCUUCGGCACGUCGGCGCCGAGCAAGUCCUUGGAGGCCUCGGUGGACGCGUCCCUGCCCAAGGUACAGGCUGAGGUGUCCGUGCCCUCCAUACCGGCCGAGGCCAAGACCAGUGACGUGACCAUUGAGCUGCCACCUGCCGACCUAGAGGUCAAGACGGCCGCGGUGGGCCUGAAGCUCCCUGAAGGCCAAGUGCCCGAGGCGGAGCUCCAGGAGCCCUCAGCCAGUGCCGGACUCAAAGGGCACCUGCCCAAGGUGCAGAUGCCCAGCAUCAAAAUGCCCAAGGUGGACUUCAAGGCUCCCCAGGUGGACAUCAAGGGACCCAAACUGGACCUGAAGGGCGCCAAAGGGGAGGUGAGCGCCCCCGACCUGAAGGUGUCCCUGCCCAGAGUGGAGUUGGACGCCCAGGUGCCCGGUGCCAAACUGGAGGCUGACCUGUCCCUGGAAGACAAGGAGGUGGCCGCCAGAGAGAGCAAGUUCAAGAUGCCCAAGUUCAAGAUGCCAUCCUUCGGCACGUCGGCGCCGAGCAAGGUUUUGGGAGCAUCCGUGGACGUGUCCCUGCCGAAGGUGGCAGCCGAGGUCACGCUGCCCUCCCUUGGAGGAGAGGUGCCAGCCCCAGAGGGUGCCGUCCAACUGCCCACUGCUGACGUUGACCUCCCCGGGGGAGAGCUGGAGGUGUCCCUCCCCGAAGGACAGGUGGCUGUGCCCGGGCUGAAGGGCAAAGCAGAAGGGGUCAAGAUCAAGGGCCAGCUGCCCAAAGUCCAGAUGCCCAGCCUCAGGAUGCCCAAGGUGGACAUCAAGGCCCCCCAGGUGGACAUCAAGGCCCCCCACGUGGACAUCAAGGGGCCCGAACUGGACCUGAAGGGCGCCAAAGGGGAGGUGAGCGCCCCCGACCUGAAGGUGUCCCUGCCCAGAGUGGAGUUGGACGCCCAGGUGCCCGGUGCCAAACUGGAGGCUGACCUGUCCCUGGAAGACAAGGAGGUGGCCGCCAGAGAGAGCAAGUUCAAGAUGCCCAAGUUCAAGAUGCCAUCCUUCGGCACGUCGGCGCCGAGCAAGGUUUUGGGAGCAUCCGUGGACGUGUCCCUGCCGAAGGUGGCAGCCGAGGUCACGCUGCCCUCCCUUGGAGGAGAGGUGCCAGCCCCAGAGGGUGCCGUCCAACUGCCCACUGCUGACGUUGACCUCCCCGGGGGAGAGCUGGAGGUGUCCCUCCCCGAAGGACAGGUGGCUGUGCCCGGGCUGAAGGGCAAAGCAGAAGGGGUCAAGAUCAAGGGCCAGCUGCCCAAAGUGCAGAUGCCCAGCCUCAAGAUGCCCAAGGUGGACAUCAAGGCCCCCCACGUGGACAUCAAGGGGCCCGAACUGGACCUGAAGGGCGCCAAAGCGGAGGUGAGCGCCCCCGACGUGAAGGUGUCCCUGCCCAGAGUGGAGGUGGACGCCCAGGUACCCUGUGCCAAACUGGAGGCUGACCUGUCUCUGGAAGACAAGGAGGUGGCCGCCAGAGAGAGCAAGUUCAAGAUGCCCAAGUUCAAGAUGCCAUCCUUCGGCACGUCGGCGCCGAGCAAGUCCUUGGAGGCCUCGGUGGACGCGUCCCUGCCCAAGGUACAGGCUGAGGUGUCCGUGCCCUCCAUACCGGCCGAGGCCAAGACCAGUGACGUGACCAUUGAGCUGCCACCUGCCGACCUAGAGGUCAAGACGGCCGCGGUGGGCCUGAAGCUCCCUGAAGGCCAAGUGCCCGAGGCGGAGCUCCAGGAGCCCUCAGCCAGUGCCGGACUCAAAGGGCACCUGCCCAAGGUGCAGAUGCCCAGCAUCAAAAUGCCCAAGGUGGACUUCAAGGCUCCCCAGGUGGACAUCAAGGGACCCAAACUGGACCUGAAGGGCGCCAAAGGGGAGGUGAGCGCCCCCGACCUGAAGGUGUCCCUGCCCAGAGUGGAGUUGGACGCCCAGGUGCCCGGUGCCAAACUGGACGGUGCCAAACUGGAGGCUGACCUGUCCCUGGAAGACAAGGAGGUGGCCGCCAGAGAGAGCAAGUUCAAGAUGCCCAAGUUCAAGAUGCCAUCCUUCGGCACGUCGGCGCCGAGCAAGUCCUUGGAGGCCUCGGUGGACGCGUCCCUGCCCAAGGUACAGGCUGAGGUGUCCGUGCCCUCCAUACCGGCCGAGGCCAAGACCAGUGACGUGACCAUUGAGCUGCCACCUGCCGACCUAGAGGUCAAGACGGCCGCGGUGGGCCUGAAGCUCCCUGAAGGCCAAGUGCCCGAGGCGGAGCUCCAGGAGCCCUCAGCCAGUGCCGGACUCAAAGGGCACCUGCCCAAGGUGCAGAUGCCCAGCAUCAAAAUGCCCAAGGUGGACUUCAAGGCUCCCCAGGUGGACAUCAAGGGACCCAAACUGGACCUGAAGGGCGCCAAAGGGGAGGUGAGCGCCCCCGACCUGAAGGUGUCCCUGCCCAGAGUGGAGUUGGACGCCCAGGUGCCCGGUGCCAAACUGGAGGCUGACCUGUCCCUGGAAGACAAGGAGGUGGCCGCCAGAGAGAGCAAGUUCAAGAUGCCCAAGUUCAAGAUGCCAUCCUUCGGCACGUCGGCGCCGAGCAAGUCCUUGGAGGCCUCGGUGGACGCGUCCCUGCCCAAGGUACAGGCUGAGGUGUCCGUGCCCUCCAUACCGGCCGAGGCCAAGACCAGUGACGUGACCAUUGAGCUGCCACCUGCCGACCUAGAGGUCAAGACGGCCGCGGUGGGCCUGAAGCUCCCUGAAGGCCAAGUGCCCGAGGCGGAGCUCCAGGAGCCCUCAGCCAGUGCCGGACUCAAAGGGCACCUGCCCAAGGUGCAGAUGCCCAGCAUCAAGGCCCCCCAGGUGGACAUCAAGGCCCCCCACGUGGACAUCAAGGGGCCCGAACUGGACCUGAAGGGCGUCAAAGGGGAGGUGAGCGCCCCCGACGUGAAGGUGUCCCUGCCCAGCGUGGAGGUGGACACCCAGGUGCCCUGUGCCAAACUGGAGGCUGAGCUGUCCCUGGAAGACAAGGAGGUGGCCGCCAGAGAGAGCAAGUUCAAGAUGCCCAAGUUCAAGAUGCCGUCCUUCGGCACGUCGAUGCCGAGCAAGUCCUUGGAGGCCUCGGUGGACGCGUCCCUGCCCAAGGUACAGGCUGAGGUGUCCGUGCCCUCCAUAGCAGCCGAGGCCAAGACCAGUGACGUGACCAUUGAGCUGCCACCUGCCGACCUAGAGGUCAAGACGGCCGCGGUGGGCCUGAAGCUCCCUGAAGGCCAAGUGCCCGAGCCGGAGCUCCAGGAGCCCUCAGCCAGCGCCGGACUGAAAGGGCAGCUGCCCAAGGCGGAUGCCCAGCCUCAAGAUGCCCAAGGUGGACUUCAAGGGCCCCAGGUGGACAUCAAGGGGUCCGAUCUGGUUACGUCCCUGCCCAGCGUGGAGGUCGACGCCCACGUCCAAGGCUCCCCGCUGGUUGGUGACUCGUGUGAGGAGGUUAAAGAAUUUUCCAAAGGGAGGAUAUUCAAAAUUUCUAAAAUUAGCGUCUCUUCCUCUGGUCCUUCUGCUAGCCAUCCUUCUGAGCUGUCCCCUCCGCCUGGUGGAGGUGAUAAUGAUAUUGAUCUUACUUCACCCCCAGGCUCCAGACAUCUAAUCGUCCCUGGCAGUGAACAGCAUGCCCUCCGUAUGGCCGGUGAUGUGGCUUUGUCAACUGGAAAAGGUGGAGAAAAAAGCAAAAGCAAGAAAUCCCAUUUUAAAUUGCCCAAAGUCUUCUCUCCACCGGGGAAAUCAGCUAAAGGCUUCUUAUCUUCUGCAGAGGAACCCGACAUCUCCUCACCUGCGAGGGCCUCCACCUCACCGUUAGAGUCAGGGCUUGGGCGACCCCAGGGGCCGCCUGUGGCUUCCGUGGAGCCUUCCAUGCAUGUGUCCAGGCUGGGCUGGCUCAGUGGUCCCCAUGUGGAAUCCUCCAGCCUCAGUCCCUGCGAUGGUGUCACACUUACAAAAUACCAAGUGACUGUCUCCAGAGGCCCCGUCCCCCCCGAGCUUCCUUGCGGAACCCCGUCUGGGCCCCGGGUCGAUGCUCAGCUUCCCAGCACAGCAGGUGCAGACGACCUGCCCUCCAGUGAGAGCAUUCCUCUGUCCCAGCCUGAUGGUCACACAGGCCCCAUGGACACUCUAUUUCCCGAAUCUUAUGGCCGCGUGACUUUUCCUAAAUUUCAUCGACCAAAGUUCCAGCUGUCACUCCCCAAAUCAGCCGCUGGAGUGAUGGAGCCUGGAGCUGCCGAGUGUGCGCUCCCCACGUCUCCUCCGCUCGCUGCGCAGGGACCAGACCCCUCCGCGGAGGAAGCCGCGGUGUUCCCAGUGCUAGAUGGUCAGCUGCCACCUGCACGUGUCUCUGUGUCCAAGGUGGCGGAGGCACAGGCAUGUACCGCGGGGACGUCAGCAGGGCCUCCCGCAGAAGCCCCAGGUGAAGGUGUGGGCCACAAGGGGAAGGGCAGUCCAGUCAAAGCACCGAGGCUCAAGCUUCCGUCUUUCAGGUGGUCCCCGAGGAAGGGGGCAGAGUCCAAAGCAGAUCCUGGACACAGCCAGGUUGUCGAUGCAGGUGCUCUGGGCCCUCCUGGGGGUCACGUUCCACCAGCAGAAGCUGGUGGAGAUGUGUCUCUUGAGAAGGAUGGAGAGGCAGGAGCGGUCACAUCGCCAGCCCUCGCCCUGCUGAAGGUCACACCUCCCGGAAUGACAGCUUCCACAGGAGGGGCCUGCCUGCCACGGGGAGACCCAGGCCUGGCCCUCUCUGGCUCUACAGACAUGGCCAGCGGUAAGGGCAGUGUUGGGGGUGCUGGCGCAGCAGCGGGCCCCCCAGAAGGAGCGGAUGUGAACCUCUGCCUCCCAGAGGCCCCCAUUCCCAGCUCGGGCUUUGUCAAACCUGACCUCAGUCCCGGGGAUGUCGUGGUGGAUGUGAGCCUGUCUGCAGGUGACCUUCCUCUUUCCAAACAAGGCCUGUCUCUCGGAGACGGCACCCAAGAGCACGGGCUAGGGGAUGGCUCAACAAGCCAGCUUUGUGGGGAGGUGACGGCGCCCCCGGCAGAGGACCCCCUCCAGCCAUCCCCGACGGUAGGGAGCCCAGGGCAGGAUGCAGCCGCGGGAGCAGCGCCGGCGGGCUCCAGGGAGAGCUGGUUUCGGAUGCCCUCACUCCGCCUGCCCAGCUUCAGACGCCCCCCCAAGGAGCGGGCGGGGUCUGCAGCGCCCGGGGCUCAGAGGCCCCCACUGGCCGCCGGUGUGCCAGGGGAAGGAGAGGCACCGGCGGUGGUGCAGAGUCCGGAGGCCCGCGCACCUGCGUCAGAGGGGGACGCUGCUAGGUCCCUGCAGCCCCCGGAGGCUGGUGCAGAUGCGGCAGGCAGCCCGGCUUCUUCCUACGCGGAUGUUCUUCAGAGGAAUCUUGACCUUCACGUCCCUGCUGUGGGGCUAUCGGCUUCCGAGGUCAGGGUCCGGCCGGGCGCAGGCUCCCUGCCCCUCCAGCUGCACGGGACACUUGCAGAGCCCUGCACCCCUCCCGGAGAAGCAGGCGAGCCCCCUUUUCCCGGACCAGCAGGCCAGGGCCUGGUCAGGGGGCCCGAGGGUGCAGAGGAGCCGCCCUCCCAGCCCGAGGGCCCUCUCAGAUUGAGGGCUUCCAGUACGGAUAUGCCAUCCCAGGUUUCCGUGGUCAAUGUGGGUCAAGUCUGGGAAGACUCUGUGCUACGUGUCCAGUUCCCCAAGUUAAAGGUACCAAGGUUCAGCUUCCCGGCCUCUAGCUCGGAGGCUGACGUCUUCGUGCCCAGCGUGAGAGAGCUGUCCUGCCCGCAAAGCAGUCCUGACACAGCCCUGCUCGAACGAAGCCCUGGCGGACGGGGCGCCAGCAUCCCGAAGGCCGCCGCGGCCCUCGGCCUCUUCUCAGAAGCUGCCCCCAUUUGUAAGGUCAGGGUGCACAUUCAGGGCGCAGAGGCAGCGAGCCGCCAGAUGGCCGUGCACAGCACCUUGACAGCCGUGUAUACCAAGCACUCAGGGCCCGAGGCGUUUCCCACCCAGAUCGUGCGGGAGUCAGAGGUCCCCGUGUCAGAGACCCAAACACCUUCUUAUGGGUUUUCCUUGCUAAAGGGGAGGGUCUCAGAGCCCCCCACUUGGGCACAGGUGCACGUGGUGACUGCAGACUGUGGGCCAGGGGGGCACCUCCGAGAGGCUCCGGAACCGGCCGUCCCAGGAGCCGACCCCGUUUCUGGAGACCCCCAGCCUGACACCGGCGAGCCUUUUGAAAUUAUCGGUCCCAGUGUCGACGUGCCGGGGCUGCCAGCGUGUUCACCUGAACUUGGCUCUCACCCUGGCCACGGGCGUGCGGAUAGCUGUUCUGACGAGGAGCCCCCGGAAAUUCUCGAAUUUCCGCCGGAAGAGGGCCAGGAAGCAGGCGAGGACGGAGCUCCCAAAGCAAAACCGGAAGGUCAAAGGUCCUCUAGUCUGUUCCGGUUUUGGCUCCCGAGCAUCGGGUUUUCUUCCUCGGUCUCCGAGACAGGCGCCGAUUCCCAAGCCGAUCCCCAGAGACCGGCUCCUGUGCAGACCCAGCCGGAGGUGCAGCCGCCUCCCUCGCAAGAGAAGGGGGGCUGGUUCCGAUUUCCCAAGUUGGGGUUCUCCUCCUCGCCCGCCAAGAAAACCAAAAGUGCCGAAGAGGAGGCGGGUCAGGCCGAGCAAAACCUCCAAGACGAGGCAGGUACCUUCUAUGAUGCGCGAGAAAGCUUCUCCCCUGAAGAGACGGGAGCAGGGGAGGCAGCAGGGGCCGCCGGCUCCAGGCAGGGCUCUGGGAGCAUGGUGGCCUCCGCGGCAAGAACCGAGCUGAUCCUGCUGGAGCCGGAUGGAGCGGGCAGCCAGCAGUGUGCGCCUGGGCCCGCCACCGAGUGAGGGCCAGGGAGGGAUGAGGGCCGGGGAGGGAUGACUGUUCCUCGGAGGACAGACGCCCAUGCGAAGUCCUGCAGCAGAACCCCGGCCGCACGGAGCUCCCAUCCCGACCACGCCAACCACGCCGGCAUCCACGCGUCCACCCUGCUCCCAGGACUGGGCACAUGCCACCAGCCGCCCCCCGCCGCGCGGCCCUUCCAAGGUGGGGCCAAGCUGCGGAAGCCAGGAGGAGCCCGACAGCCCAGGCGCCAGGGGCUGCCCAGGGCAGGGGUGCUGUACACGCUGCUGGGGUGAGGGCUCCAGAGACCCGCCCACAGUGCCCAGCGGAGCCCGGCCAUGCCCUCAAGGAAGGGGUGUUAAGGACCGUGGGUAUAGACGCAGUGUUUGCCAUAGCCCCUGUCCCGUCCUGCUGCUUUGGGCCACAUCGUUUCCCUAGAUUCCAGGCAGAGUCCGGUGCAUUGCCAGAAACCCCAACGCCGCUCACUUGUAAGGAUCGCGCUCCUUUGUCAAAUGUCUCUGCGAGACAAGCUUGGGGAUGCUUGGUGUGGACGGGGCACACGCGACUGAGUGUGGCGGCGGACCCGGCUUGCCCUGUGGCAGCUGGCGGCGGGUGAGCCGGCAGAGGUCUGCACCGUCCCGUGCCCACACAGCCCCCCACGUGGCCCCCGUGCCCCCACUGUGCCCGCUGCAGCCAGACUGCCGGUGGAACUCCCCAUGGACAAUAAAGGACAAGCUGUCCCCCAC